AAUAGGGUUUUAAAAAACUAUUUUGUUUCUAUUCGUAACAUUGAAUAUAAUAAACGGUCAAAUUAAAAACACUUCGUUUGAAAAGAGAAAACAACUGAUUUUUGUCAAAUAGGUACAAUUUUUUUUUUUAAAAAAGACAUUAAAAUUAAAAAAAAAAAUUUUCAAAUAGUUUUCAAGGUCAAAGUGUGAAAUAAUAAGUAAAAGAAGGUUAAUAAAAUAGAUUGUAUUUGUGGAAAUGGUACCUUGAUGAAAUAAUAUGUUCUGUGGAAGAAUACAGAGACUUCAUGUCAAAUGAAGUGUGACACGACUUUUCGUGUUCUUGUGGAUGUCAUUGAAAUCCAAAACGUCAUAUGGCCUAAUCCAUCGGAGAAUGUGAAAUCCAAAUUACCUAAUCCACUUGUUGAAGUUGUUAUUGCAGAUCAGUGUCAUUCUACUAGCACACGAGAGGCUACAGCAAGUUGUACUUUUAAUCGAACAUUUUUGUUUCUCAAUAUUCAAGUGGCUGAAAAUUUACAAGCUAGUGUGUAUCAUAAAGGAUUUUUUGGGAAAAAAGAGCUGAUUGGAAGUUGCCGUAUUCAACUGUCAACAGUGCGGUCAACAAAUGAACACCGUAUUCUUCGAGCCUUUUAUACAUUGGUACACCCUGAGAAACCUUCCGAACCUCGUGGAUUUCUUCGUUUAUCCAUUCAUGUUUUAAAAGCUGGGGAAUUCGUGAGAUCAGUUGAGACGGGCACUUUAUCGAGUAUACUUAAAACGAGCACGCGAAGCUUAACUCAAGCUGUUCAAAAAGAAACAUCGCAACUCACAUUUGAUGUGUAUCAUUUUACAGUAUUUAUUCAUUUUGGUCAAGAUAUUUUAAAGAAACUUUUUUUAUUUAAUGAAUUGUUACCUUCUUCUUAUGUUCAAGUUGAUUUUAUGGGAACAAAAUUAAAAACGCCAGUGUGUCGUGAAACAUAUGAGCCCAAGUGGUCUAUAGGGUUACGUUUUCCUGCGACGGUUCCAUGCGCCAAUGAUACAGUAACUAUUGAAUUAUGGUCUGAUGGAACGACCAGUACACGCCAGAGCUUUAUUAAAUUAAGUUUUUUGCAUUUAUUGAAAUUAACGAAAUCAACAAGAUGGAUCAAUUUUUACACGGAGGACGAAAGUAUUCACAAUCCAAGUCGAGAAGAAAUGGUGAACCCUUUAACUAUGCUUGUAUCCUUGUUUGAAUUGGAUGACGAUCAAGUCAAUGCUAAUGAAAAAGCUGCCGAUUUAAAAUAUUUAGGCCGCGUUUUAAUCUCGACGUUAGUGGAAAAGAAAAAAUCAAGUUCAGUUGCGGUAACAGUACCAGGGUUAAAAAUUGUUUCACCUCUUGAUCAAAAAGUGAUCCUAUGGAUGGAUCUUUUUCUGUUGUGUGGUGUCCCAAAGCACGUGGAUAUUUCCAUAACUAUAGGGUUAGGCGACUGGGAAACCAGGGUGAAAAUGACAGAGCGUGUAGAUGACUGUUUACGUUUUAAUGAAGAACAAGGUCGAAUUGUUGAACAAGCGUUUUUUCUUCCUGCUAACCUUGAAAUGGCAAACGAUUUAAUUAUUCAAAUUUUUGGUCACCGUAAAAGAGGUUCAACAACCUUAUUAGCAAAAGAAAAUGCGUCUCAACGUCUUUUUCUUGGUUAUUCUCGAAUCCCUGUAAUCUCAUUAGUGAAACGGGAUAAUGUACCUUUUUGGAUCAAAUUUAUCAAUGUGGAGUCUGAAUGGAUUCGAAUGGCGAAGGUUUUGGAUACUAGCACGAAAAAAAAAACGUGUGGGUCGUUUUCAAUGUCACUUUUAGCAAGUGUUGUUUUACGAACCGCUGAAGAAAUGCAGAACAAAACAACGAGACCGUCAAGAUUACAGUGCAACAUUGAACGCUAUAUUUGUCAUAUAAUUUGUUAUCAAGUGGUGAAUUUGCCUGUAUUACCGAAUGCAUUUCCUGAUCCUUAUAUAGUGGUGUCUUUGGGAGGGGGUUCUGCGAAAACACAAACAAUUCUAUCCACUUUACAACCUGACUUUUAUGAAAUGCUUACUUUCUAUUUAAGUCUGCCUGAGCAUGUUAAAUUAUCUCGUGAGUUGUGGAUACAGGUUUUCUCGAAAAACUGUUUAUUAGGUGAGACGAGUAUUCCAGUGGAUUUUUUACUUAGUGACGCAGCACUUAAGCCUCAGUGGUAUCCACUGACAUGCCAACAGUUUGAAGACAAUCAAAGCCGGAUUCUUUGUAGUAUUCAUUUAACUUGCUUAACAAAUCAAACUUUGCAAUUCGUACAAGAGCUGCCUAAGACAAUACGUUGGUUUCCUAUUGAAUACCAGCCUUACGAUGUCAAAUUGUUUCUUAUUGGUUGCCGCCUUUUGCCUAACGCAGCACAUUAUCUAGGAGAAAAUAUACAAGUUCAAAUAGAAUUUGGUAGAGAUACUGAAAAUUUGAAUCGAAGAUUAUGGUACGGGUCGUGUGAAAAAAUCGUUCAAGAAUCGGGUGGCAAUGUCAAUUUCUUUUCCCAGUUUCAUGUGAAAUGUUUCCUUCCAACAUCGGAAUUAUUUCAAACAUUUAUUGAAUUUCAUGUUUCUUAUUUAAACAAUGAUGAAUGUUAUGAAAUCGGUAUUGCUUAUUUGCAUUUAACCCCUGAAAUGAAAAGAUUUUCUUCUAAACUUCGUGAACAAAUAAAAAGCGAAUUUGAAUAUUUUUCACCUUUCAUUGAAGAAAUCAUUCCUUGGAAAUUUCAACCUCAAACUUGUUCCAAUCCUUCGUUUUUAUCUCCCUGUGUGAAUUUAUCCAAAAUAUGGAAAACAUUGCCACACGAUUCGGAAUUUGAAAUUGUGCAAAAUGCAUGGUCAGCCGAAAAGAGUCGAGAUGAAACAUCCGUCCAUUGGCCUUCUUAUGAUUUGAAAGAUUUGAAAAAACGGGAGGCAAACUCGUAUAAGCUUUAUACAAGUGAUGUGGAUGUUUUUUGUAGUAGCGAUACACAAAAAUUAAGACAGACCAUACCAAACUCGAAAUAUCUUGAAUCGAUGAAACAUUUCGUUUGGUGUGACGCACCUGACAAGAUUGAUAAAACCGAUAACGAGCUGAAUUAUCCAGUGGAAUGGGAAUUACCCUUAGAUGAUCUUCCUUAUAAUAUUUUACCUAUAUUUUCACCUGAUGGCAUGAAUGCGGUAGUAGGAAAUCCGGGUGUUGUCGGGUUACUUAAACUUCAUUGUGCUGUUCUCACAGCAGAUGAAGAUACAACAAAUUAUGAGAAACAUGUUGAUAAGCUGCGUAAACAAUUAAGUACCGGACCUCUUAAAGUGAGAGUGCACGUGAAAAAUGCUACUGGUUUAUGCACAAGUGCAAACGAUGAAGGAGAAUGGUUUCUCGUCGUGAAAUAUGGUUAUGGGACGCCUAAAACAAACAAUAAAAUUAAUGAAAUCAAAGAUGUAUAUAAUACAAGAAAAGGAUUGGCUCCAGACUUUUAUCGUUCGUUCGAGUUAGAUGCGGAAUUCCCCCAAAAUGCAAUUUUAACUAUUGGUAUUUCAACAGUAAACACUUCAUGGUCUUCUUUUCAAAUUGUCGGUCAAACAUAUAUCGAUUUAGAAAAUCGAUUUUUUCAUCCAAAUUUUAAGUUUUUAACGACAAAUCAUGAGAAUCCAGUUCUAGUGGAAACAAGAUGUUUACGAGAUUUGACAAACAAUGAGACAGUAGGUCACAUUCGUUUAUGGGUGGAAAUCCUUACUGACGUGGAAGCAUGCGCAGCGCCAAUGAUACCUCUUAUGUUGACCCCUCAACAAGUCGUCCAAGUACGCGUCGUCAUUUGGACAUUGAAGGCUGCAGCAGAAGAAAAAUUUGAAACAGCGUCCUUAUAUAUUGCAGGAAUCAUGUUAGAUAACGCAACAAAUACGAUGAUUGUUCAUGAAACAGAUACCAAUUGGAAUUCAUCUGGUACAAGUGCCGCCUUUAAUUGGAGAUUUAUUUUUAACGUUUUAGUCCCGUCUGAUGCAGUUCAGUUAAAACUUCAAGUGUGGGGUAGAAAUUUAAUGACGACCCAUGACGCCUUAGCAGAAACGGUGUUAGAUAUGUCUCAUGACCUCUUAGCGUGCAAGGAAUGUAUGAAGCCUAUUCAAUUAAAACGAACUUGGGUUCAAAUGUAUCAUCCAGUGCACGCAUCCCAAUUCAUAGGACAUUUGGAUAUUGAAAUCUCCAUUGUACCUCACGACUAUGCUUUAGAGUACCCUGUAGGAAUGGGAAGAGAAUCACCUAACAAAGAUCCCUUUCUUCCUAAAGUGAAAGACAAUCGAAAUUAUCUAUCUUCCAGUCCACUUGGGCAAACGAUUUUCGGAACUUCCAAUAAAAUUGUUUAUGGAGCUCAAAUUUGUAGUUGGUUAACCGUAUUUGGAAUAUUUUUAUCGCUUUACUUAGUAUUUUCAAAAUUAUUUUUAUAAUGGACACACAGCAAACGAUACUUGGCCUUGAAACCUUUUGAAAUAAAAAAAAAUACCAUAGCAUCACACAAUACACAAGCCUACGUGUUACUUUAAAAAACCUUGCAUUGCUUUUCCUUGUUGUAUUCAGAAAUUAUGAUGCAGUGAUGCGUCGUCCUAUCGACAAAAAGUAUUCAAUGUACACUUUGUUUUUUUCUAAAAAAAA